UGGGUGCGGCUUGACUGCAUUCCGCUGAAUUAAUGUUGCUCCGAAACUCAAUGAAUUUUUUGAAAAAUUCGACAUUAAAGAAAGGAGACGGUGAUCGAUUGAAGUGAAAUUCAGCAGCGUGUGUUUGAAGAUGUGCAGAAUAGAUAAUCUGUUGGAUAGAAAGCAGCUGAUGAAAAUGGGAAUUGCCUUAAUUAUAAUUGGACAUUUGAACUUCAUUCUCGGAGCAAUUAUCCAUGGCACAGUCCUGCGACACGUUACUUCACCAGCAAAUGGCAAUUUGGUUGAAUAUUCCGUAACUAAUAUCAUGUCUGCAAUUUCAGGAAUAUUGACCAUUUGUACUGGAAUUGCAGUAAUUGUGUUAUCGGGGAAUCUGUGUCGUACAAUACUGCAAUACGUUGUCUUUACAAGUAGUAUGCUCAAUUCCCUCAUCUCCAUGGCCUGUAUACUGGGUCUGGGAGUCUCUGUUGUAAUCACCAUUGCCAAUGGUGGAAGAACGCUACUCACAGUUUGUCAUCUCAGCUCUACUAAGGAUGUUUUACAAGUAACAAAUGAAUGUCCAUUUGACCCAACAAGAAUCUAUGAUACCACUCUUGCAAUGUGGAUUCCAAGCCUGGUACUGACUGGUGUGGAGGCUUUUGUGUCUAUCAGAUGUUUCUUUGUCUCGGUGAAUUUAUUAGGAAUCAAGAAGAAGCGAAUUAAAUCUGACAGGAAACAGGUAAGAGAACCAAACAGUAAUACCUUCCAAGAUAACAGUCUGAUUCAUUUGGAGUGA